AGUAGCAAAGAGGCCGUUCCCUCCACAAUUCAUGGUGUGCGGAUUAGAUUGGAUGGGGAAAGGAUAAACACCCCGCCAUUGUUAUGUAAUUCCUUCUCCUUCUUCCUUCCAUGGCUUCCUUGCCUUCUGUUACCUUCACUGCUCCUCUCAACCUCGAUUCCGACGUAAGAAAGCGACAUUCUACCAGCCUUCUCCUCAAGGAUAAGGGUGCUAGCGUGCCGAAUCAGAAAAAUCAGUCGCUAAUCCAACUGAAUGUUGACGCGGAGCCGAAGUUUGUAGACUUCCGUGAAGCGCUGUCUCUGUUGAAAGAAGGUACGACGGUCAAAACUUCUUACUAUGUUCCGUUGUUGCAAGAAUGCAUAGACAGAAAAUUAGCUGCAGAAGCGGAAAUUAUCCAUGGUCAUAUCGUAAAAACUGGAACUCAUGAAGACCUAUUUGUAAUGACGAAUCUUGUUAAUGUUUAUGCGAAAUGUGGAGUUAUGGAACAUGCUCGCAAAGUGUUUGAUAAUUUGCCUCGAAGAAAUGUCGUUGGCUGGACUACUCUAGUGACUGGUUAUGUUCAGAAUUCGCAGCCUCUGGUUGCUCUUAAAGUAUUCAUCGAAAUGUUGCAGGCUGGAGCUUAUCCUACAAAUUUUACACUCGGAAUAGUGUUGAAUGCUUGUUCUUCCUUGCAAUCUAUGGAAUUGGGGAAGCAAGUUCAUGCAUAUAUCAUCAAGUAUCACUUAGAUUUUGAUACUAGUAUUGGCAACUCUCUGUCUAGCUUCUAUUCUAAAUUCGGAUGCUUGGAACUCGCUAUCAGGGCCUUCCAGAAAAUUAAGGAAAAGAAUGUCAUUUCAUGGACUUCAGUUGUAUCUGCCUGUGGUGAUAAUGGUCAAGCAGCUCGGAGUUUAAAUUUCUUUACCGAGAUGCUCUCAGAAGGCGUGGAACCGAACGAGUAUACUUUCGCCAGUGUCUUGAGCACUUGCUGUGUGAUGCAAACGUUGAGUCUAGGAGCACAGAUUCAUUCACUAAGCAUUAAGCUUGGUUAUGGUUCAAGCAUACCUAUAAACAGUUCUGUCAUGUACUUAUACCUCAAAUGUGGAUGGCUUAUUGAGGCUCAGAAAGUGUUCGAAGGUAUGGAGACCCCCAAUUUGAUUACAUGGAAUUCAAUGAUUGCAGGGCAUGCAAAAAUGAUGGAUGCUGCUGAAGAUGAUCUUGCAGCUCACAAGAGUGGAUCCACAGCACUUAAUAUGUUCCAGAAAUUAUAUCACUCGGGUAUCAAACCUGAUCUGUUCACUUUCUCCAGUGUUUUAAGUGUUUGUAGUAGACUAGUAGCGUUAGAACAAGGGGAACAAGUUCAUGCUCAGAUCAUUAAGAGUGGUGUUUUGGCAGAUGUAGUUGUGGGAACUGCAUUGGUUAGUAUGUAUAACAAAUGUGGAAGUAUUGAUGAGGCGAGUAAAGCUUUCUUGGAGAUGCCUUCAAGAACUUUGAUAUCAUGGACUUCGAUGAUUACGGGACUCGCACAACACGGUUUGUCUCAGCAAGCACUUCGGGUCUUCGAAGAUAUGAGACUGGCUGGAGUUGAACCAAACAAGAUCACUUUUGUGGGUGUUCUAUCAGCUUGUAGCCAUGGUGGUUUGGUGGAUGAAGCACUGUAUUACUUUGAAGUAAUGCAGAAGCAGUACAAGAUUGAGCCUGUAAUGGACCAUUUUGCAUGCAUGAUUGACAUGUAUAUGAGGUUGGGUCGGGUGGAAGAAGCUUUUGAUGUAGUCAAGAAGAUGAACUUUGAGCCUAAUGAAAUUAUAUGGUCCAUGUUAAUUGCAGGAUGUCGAAGUCACGGGAACUCCGAAUUGGGGUUUUAUUCUGCCGAGCAGUUACUCAAACUCAGGCCGAAAGACGCCGAGACCUACGUCUCUCUGCUAAAUAUGUACAUCUCUGCAGGGAGAUGGAAGGAUGUUUCCAAAGUGAGGAAAUUAAUGACAGAAGAAAAGCUUGGAAAGUUGAAGGACUGGAGCUGGAUUAGCAUCAAAGAAAAAGUUUAUUCAUUUAAACCCAAUGACAAAUCACACCAUCAAACUACAGAGAUGUACGAGCUGUUGGAGACUUUACUCGACGAAGUAAAACCUCUUGGUUACGAGCCUGUUCAAUAUACAGAGGCAAUCGAAGAGGAGAACGGCGAGGAAACAGUGUUCUCGUCCACCAUUUAUCACAGCGAAAAGUUAGCUGUUGCUUUUAGUUUGUUAAACCUGCCAACAGCUACCCCGAUUCGGGUUGUCAAGAGCAUCACCAUGUGUAGGGAUUGCCAUAAUUUUAUCCGAUUCAUUUCAUUAUUGACAGGCAGGGAAAUCGUCAUCCGAGAUAAAAAGCAGCUUCACAAGUUUUCGAACGGAUACUGUUCUUGUAGAGGUUUCGGAGAUCUUCUCUAAUGUCCUUGGUGAAGAACAGGGUGAGACACGAACUUAAAUUUUGUCAAACCUAGCGACAUUGAGCUGUCGAAAUAUUCGUAUGAAGCUGAUUUCAAGACAAUUUAAUGGCAACACCAUUGUUCCUUCUUUG